GUUUGUCGACCGGGAUUCAUCCCUCUAGUGCAAUGGUGUUAUAUUAGCAUGGGUUAGCUAUGAGCAGAGCACCGCUGUUAUGGUGCUGGUUGGCGCUGCUUUUUUGUUCAGUGUGGAGUGCGGGUCUAGAUUUACAAGGACCCUUGUUUGUGCAAGAGCCGCCGCAUCAAUAUGAAUUUAGCAAUACAUCAGGCGGACGUUUAGUAUGUGCAGCACAUGGAAGUCCUACUCCAGAAGUGGAAUGGAUUUUAGCCGAUGGAUCCCCGGUGCAUCAGGUUCCGGAAUUAAGACUGUUAUAUCCCAAUGGAACUUUAGUUUUUCCACCUUUUCCCAACGAAUUAUAUCGUCAACAUAUUCAUGCGGCCUUGUAUAGAUGUAGAUUACGCAGCACACUUGGAAGUGUACUCAGCAAAGAAGUACAAGUGAAAGCAGUUGUUAAACAAAAAUACGACGUCCAGGUUUAUGAUGGGUACGUUAUAAUGGGAAAUACGGCUGUUUUAAAAUGCAAGAUAUCGAGUUAUGUUGCCGAAUACGUAAUGGUGACAUCCUGGGUGCAAGAUGGAACGGUUAAUAUCUACCCUAACACAGAUAUUGGAGGAAAAUACGUUGUACUGGCUAAUGGUGAUCUAUACAUCAGCAAUGUGGGGCCAAGUGACUCUUAUAAAAACUAUACGUGCAGAACUGUAAAUCGUUUGACUGGUGAAGUACAAAUCAGUGCAUACCCAGGACGGGUAAUCAUCACGGAACCGAAGGGAAAUGUGCAACCACGAAUUACGGUGGAUAAAUAUAACGCUCGACGGGUAGCACUAGGAGAUGACGUAACACUGCCGUGCGUAGCACAAGGACGUCCUGUACCUGGAUACUAUUGGAAACGCGAAUUGCAAGGGCAAACUGUACCUGUCGCUUUAGGAGAACGAAUCACCAUUAUUUCUGCCGGACUUUUGAAAAUAGCGAAGGUUCGUCUAGAAGAUCGUGGAACUUACAUUUGUUUUGCGAAUAACUCAGCAGGGGAAGAAAGUGUGAGGGUAACGUUAGAAGUAACGGCUCCGCUAUCCGUUCAUGUGCAGCCUCAGGUUCAAAUUGUCGAUGUUGGAAAAGAAGCAAAUUUCCAGUGCAUUGUAGGAGGCUACCCGAUAUCACAGAUAAGUUGGCUACAUAAUUCAAAACCCGUGGCACCAGACAGCAGGGUUGAAAUGAUGGCUGAUCCACCUCGACUGACAAUUCGACAACUCUCAAAAGACGACAGGGGUAUGUACCAAUGUAUCGUGAGCAAUAAUUGGGAUCAAGCGCAAGCGAUUUCGGAGUUGGAUAUGGGAGACGCGGGACCAGAAUUAAUUUAUUGGUUUUCGGAACAAACCCUCCAACCAGGGCCCACGGUCUCACUGAAGUGCGUCGCUUCUGGUAACCCACCUCCACAAUUUACCUGGACGUUGGACGGCUUUCCGAUCCCCGAUUCUUCGAGGUUCUUAGUUGGGCAAUACGUGACUAUUCAGGACGAUGUAAUCAGUCACGUAAAUAUAAGCAAUAUCAAAUCGGAAGACGGGGGCGAAUAUACUUGUACGGCACAUAAUACCAUUGGCAAAAUUUCGCACAGUGCUCGCGUGAACGUUUAUGGACUUCCGUUUAUCAGAGAGAUGCCGAAAAUUACGGGAGUGGCUGGUAUGAAUUUGAUUAUUAAAUGUCCAGUGGCAGGGUACCCCAUUGAAACAAUUACGUGGGAGAGAGACGGUCAAAUGUUGCCGAUAAAUCGGAGACAGCGCGUUUACACAAACGGCACUUUAGUGAUAGAGCAAACGCAACGAACUGAAGAUGCAGGAACUUAUACUUGCCAGGCUCAAAAUAGGCAACGACAUUCAUCGAGACGUGAUUUGGAAAUUCAAAUUAACGUACCGCCGAAAAUUAUACCGAUAAAUCCAAUGACUGAUAUUUUAAGGGAAGGAAUGAGAGCUGCAAUUACCUGUCAAAUUAUGGAAGGGGACUUACCGAUAACGUUUAGGUGGGAAAGAAACGGAAAAACGAUUUCGAAUAACGUAGUCGAAGGCACUUCAGUGCGAAGAAUUGACGAAUUUUCAUCGUCGCUUAUCAUAGAGAAAGUUAGUUCGACUCAUAGCGGAAAUUACACUUGCGUUGCUAGUAAUAUUGCUGGCUCGGAAAAGUACAUUGUACCAUUGACGGUGAAUGUACCGCCACGGUGGACAGUUGAGCCAGCAGAUGCUAAUGUUGCUUCUGGUCAAGAGGCGAUUCUCCACUGUCAAGCUGUUGGUUAUCCAAAUCCGGCGGUUACGUGGCGUAAAGCUGUUGGAGAACAACCAGGCGAAUACAAAGAAUUUCUUUUCGAACCAAAUGUUCGCCAAUAUCAGAAUGGAUCGUUAAACUUCGCACACAUAUUAAAAGGUGAUGAGGGCCAUUAUCUUUGCGAAGCCAAAAAUAACAUUGGAACCGGAGUCAGCAAAGUAAUUUUCUUGAAGGUGAAUGCUCCAGCUCAUUUUCCGCAAAAAACGAAAGAACUGCAAAUUGCAAAGGGAGAGCAAGCGCAUCUUCAAUGCGCGGCGUUAGGAGAUACGCCGAUGGAAAUUACAUGGAAAGUCGACGGUCAACACAUCUCUAGUGACGGCGACCAAAGGUAUUCCAUCCGGCAGCAAGGAUUAGCCGAAGGUAUGGUAUCGGAAUUGGGCAUUGACAGAACAAUUAGACAAGAUUCGGGAGUGUUCUCUUGCUAUGCCACUAACGCGUAUGGGCAUGACGAAAUGAGCAUACACUUAAUAAUUCAGGAAAUACCCGAAUCUCCAAAAAAUGUUAGGGUGACGGAACAACUGCCAAGAAGUAUCGGACUGUCGUGGAUAAAACCGUACAAUGGAAACAGUCCGAUUAGUAAUUAUAUCAUCCAGUACAAACUUGGUGUAGAUAUGUGGCCGAAUCAACCUUCCAAACAAAUAGUGCCUGGUUCUCAUGAAAGUGCCACUCUGCCAAAUCUGCAUCCUGCUCAAGUAUAUCAUAUCAGAAUUUUAGCCGAAAAUCGUUUAGGUCUUAGUGAACCGAGUCAGACUAUUCAGGUCAGCACCCUUGAAGAAGUGCCAAACGGGCCUCCUUUGGAUAUUAGAGCUGAAGCAAAAAGUUCCACCGAAAUUUUGGUCAUUUGGGAACCACCAUCACGGAACACCUGGAAUGGAAACCUACUAGGGUACCAUGUGGGUUAUCAAGAACUCCCAUCCCAAUCGGUAAUACCAACACAGGGUUAUACAUUUAAGAGCGUCGAGGUCCGGCAACACUUUGGUGGUGAAGCAACUCUUCAAGGCUUAUCUAAGUAUGCUUCGUAUAAUAUUAUUGUGCAGGCGUACAACAGCAGAGGAUCUGGUCCACCGAGCGAGCCAAUAACAAUACGAACUUUGGAAGACGCUCCCACACUGCCUCCAGAAAAAGUUCAAUGCUCAGUUUUAAGUGCACAAAGUUUACACAUAUCAUGGGAACCCCCUCUUCCUGAAGGCCAAAAUGGAAUUGUUCAAGGAUACAAAGUUACUUAUCACUGCGUUAGUGAAUGGUUAGACAAGGACGAUCAACAAACAAAAGUGAUUCAACAAUUACGCACAACAAUAACAGGUCUAAGAAAAUAUACUAACUACAGCAUCACUGUUUUGGCUUAUACUGCAAGUGGAGAUGGUGUCAGAUCUGAAGCCGUUUACUGCCAUACUGAAGAAGACGUUCCAUCAACACCUGCAGAUAUUAAAGCAAUCUUAAGUUCCACAAACAAAAUUUUAGUGUCGUGGCUACCUCCUAAACACAGUAACGGUAUACUAGUAGGAUAUACAUUUUAUAUGAGUAGCUUAGAGGACGGACGAGAAGCGGGAACACAUAAGAAAGUGUUGAGCCCAACACAUGAGUCACACGAAGUUAGUAGAUCACACGAAACUGCCACAUAUCAAUUUUGGGUUACCGCAUCAACGAGGGUUGGGGAAGGAGACAGCACGCGUGUGAUCACAGUAACACCAUCUAGAGUGAUUCCGGCUAAAAUAGCGUCUUUUGGUAGAGAAAUAGUAAGUGCCUGGAAACAAACUGUGUAUCUACCUUGUAAACGAGUAGGAGAUCCGUUACCAGUUCCCACCUGGCAUCUAAACGAGUUGCCGUUGGAGGUCGGUGGCCGUAGAUCGAUAUCUACGGACGCCGCGUUGCAAAUCAAAGACGUUCAAAGUAUCGAUCAAGCGAAUUAUUCCUGCAGCGUCGAAAACAAGCACGGCAAAGACGAAAUCGUUUACAGUUUGAAGGUGUUAGUUCCUCCCGAUCCGCCUAUGUUAACGGUAGUGGCAGAAUUCACCGACAGCCUUCACUUACGGUGGACAGACCAAAAAAAUGGGGGAUCCCCUAUCCUAGGAUAUGUAAUUAAUUAUAAGAGAGACCAUGGAGAUUGGGAGGAGCUUCAAAUUUCGGCACGAACGGAUGAACACAUGUUGAGAAAUUUGUGGUGCGGAACCAAAUAUUUGUUAUAUAUUACCGCCUUUAAUCGAAUCGGCACUGGUUUAUCGUGUGAUGUGGUGACAGACAACACAAAGGGGACUGCGCCUGUAAAACCAAAACAAUCGCAAAUGUUAACAAUGAAUGCGACCGUAGUAACAGUAUGGCUUGAUUCGUGGGGUGAUGGUGGAUGUGGUAUUUCGCAUUUUGUAAUCGAAUACAAGAAACGACCGCAGUCCUCCUGGAUAACAGCUUCAAGUCACAUAAAGCCGACAGAACGGAUAUAUAGCGUAACCGAAUUAUGGCCCGCAACCGACUAUCAGCUAAAAGUAACAGCGUACAACAAUGCCGGCGACACCACAGCAAUUUAUAAUUUUACUACACUAACGCUCUUAGGAGUCGUUCCUGAACUAUCUCCACCAGUGUCCCAUUCGGGUGACCAGUCGUUCUAUGCCAACGCGAGAGUGAUUGUUCCGAUCGUGCUAUCGAUAGUAAUUUUAAUAGCCCUUAUAGCUGCAAUAUUUUGGAGACGUAAAAUUAGACAAGAGCGGGAAGGCCAAAGGGGUUCACUGGGCGAAUCGCCAUCGAUAGCUCAAAUCCAAAACAAGCAAAAUCGAGAUCAGCAAUAUUUAGCUGUACGCGUGGGUAGACCGCAGCAACCAAUAGCCAUCGAGCCGGACACUUAUAAAGCGGAUUCCGCCGAUUACAUUGAAGAUAUCUGCCCGUAUGCCACAUUUCAGCUGUCGAAACCUGCGUACAGUGAAAGCUCCUACAGUGGAAACAUCUACAGCGGCCCGUACCACUCGGUACGCGGGUCUUUUGUUUAUCAUGAUGUUAAACCACCUCCUAUCGAUAAGUUUAAGUUAGGACACAAUAAAGAACCAGAGUAUACCAAAGUUCGAAGAAAAGGAGGAAGACUGCGUGAUCCACAUUCAGAAAGUCAGGAAUCGGACAAUCUGGGCAGCACUGACUCCGAGGUGAAGAAGAUUUUAACACUGCAUCUGCCAAUUUCAGAAUAUGACACCUUAGGCAGCGAUUCCGAAGGUGAUGGGACGGGUGCCAGUCAGGAAUUGGUUUCGUUUAGACAUCGAAUGCGCGGGGGAGCGGAAGGGUCUAGUUCGUCGUCCGAGACGUCGCCUCAAUCGGGAAGCAUGGGUCGAAAACCGUACCCUUCACGUAAAGGCAAGAGUAAAGCGGCACCCCUAAGUAAAAGACAUGUGCGUAGUAGCAGCGGUUACUCCAGCCAUAAUGAAGAAACUACUUUUAGCAUCUCGCACACACCGAGUUUCAGUGAACGGAUACAUCCCCCAAGUAGGUUUUCUGACCUGCAUUCGCGGGAUCUUAGCGAAACGGAAUGCGAGAAAGGGCACAAACACAGAGGGUUAUCUAAACUUAGUAGAGAAGCUUUCCAAAUCAAUGUAUAGUUUUUAUAAAGUAUUUUCGUUACUUACAAUCAUUAGAGUUGUAUAAUCUGUUUUGUUUAUACGUGAAGAAAGGUCUAAUUUAAAACACUUUUUAUAUGAAAUUCAUUUUUUACAUGGAAUAUGAUAGGAAAGCAUAAACAGUGGCAGGUGCCUUCGACGGGGAAAAAUUGUUUUUCAAAUAAACAUGCUUCCCUAUCUUCCGUUAAUGGGAUGUGCCAAAAUGAGCUUGAUAAUAAUCUGUAUAAAUCCAAUGUAUGUUAUAGAGUUUAUAGAUUGUUACAUACAGUUUUACAAGAACAAUAAGUGAGCCUCACACUAGUUAUAUGUGUUACAAACACAAUGUCUCUACAUCACUCCGAAGCCGACAACUUCAUCUUUCCCACACAAAAUUCAAAGAACUGUCAUUUUUGGAUACACCUUUUUAUUGUACAAUUGUCAAAUGUAAACAAAUAUAAUAAAAAUGUUGUGUUAACAAA